CGGAAAUUCAUAAUGAACCGGAAAUCAUGGAGCGCCUCAUGACAGUGAAAUCGGAGAUUUCACUGCACAAUAUAUCCAGCAGAUGUGUUAUAAUGCCCUAUUCCUCAUCUCUUCUCAGAAUCUCAAUUCAUAUCCUUUAUGCACGUCUUCACUGUCACGUUUAAUAAUUUAAUUCUCCGCUCAGACACUUGACAAAAUCGCAAGGAUUUCUCAGACAAAAAAUGUAUCUACAUGCAUUCCUGGCAGUUAUAACUGCACCUUUAGUCCUGGCAGCGCCAGCCCCGGUUCCAGCAGCUUUCCCACAACCACAGCUUAUAGGAGAUCCCGUAAUAGGUCUUGUGUCAAGCGCCGGGAAUGCAGUCCUUGAUAUUGGUAGUUUGUCCUCGGCCAUUCCCGCAGUGUUAUCUGACAGUGGGGAAGUAUUGACCGCUGCGAAUUUGGUCGUAGGGGCAAUUGCAAAUGGAACGAUUUUGGGUACUGACGUACCAGUCAUUGCUAGGAAAUUAUUUUCAGCCGCUCAACCUACAGCCAAACCAAGUAGUGUUUCUCAAGCAUUGAGUUGGGCAGCUGGUGCUUGGGGUGUAUCUGAUCCUUCUGCUUCCCCAACUCCACCAGCAAAUAUUCUCUCAACUGCUUUGGAACUUGUUCUUGAUGGUUUUACUUCCAGUGAUCUACAAGCUGUCAUAUCUGGUGCUAGCUCAUCUACCAACUCUGUCAAUAACGUGAAUAAUCCAGUGCCUCCCAACAAGAGAUUCUACAAUAACGUAUAUGGCAAUGCACGAUUUUCUGUCGACGAAAAACUCUCAGGGCUGCAAUUUACAUUCCUCCUGGAUUUAACUGGGGCAAGAAGCAACCCGUUAUCAUGUCGCCUGGCACGGGCGCAUUUGGCUAUGGCACGCAAACUUCUUGCUACAACCAGCUAUGCCGACCCAGUAUAUUUAAACAUACCAUUUGCUUUGCUUGACGAUGCACAGACCAAUGCAGAAUAUGUAGCUUAUGCGCUUCAAUACUUCUAUGCCAUGACUUCGCGAAAAGUUGCUAUCGUCACAUGGUCUCAAGGAUCUCUCAAUGCCCAAUGGGCCUUUAAAUAUUGGCCAUCAAUCCCAAAAACUGUCACAGACCACAUCGCCAUCUCACCUGAUUACCAUGGUACAAUCUUAGCUUACAUUCUCUGUCCCGGAUUCGAAAGCGGAAACGACAUUGCGUGUACUCCUUCCGUCCUCCAACAGCAAUAUCAAUCCAAUUUUGUCAAUAGACUCCGCUCCAACAACGGCGAUUCCGCUUAUGUUCCCACCACUACCGUCUACUCUGUCACAAACGAAAUCGUCCAACCACAAAGCGGAACCGCUGCCUCGGGUUUCCUGCAAGAUGCUCGUGGCGUCGGCGCUUCAAAUACUUUUCUUCAAGGAGCAUGCUUAGGACUUCCGGCCGGAAUGCUGUAUACUCAUGCAGGCGUGUUAUUCAAUCCCGUCGCUUAUGCAUUGGUAACAGAUGCGUUGCAAAACGAUGGGCCGGGAUCGUUUGAUCGGGUUAACGAUCAGUGUGGGAAUCUUGUCGCGCCGGGGAUUAGCUUGGCUGAUGUUAUUGAGACUGAAGCGUUGAUUCCGCUGGUGGCGCUUAAUAUUUUUGCGUAUGAGAAGAGAGUUACUAAUGAGCCUGCGUUGAUGAGUUAUGCUACGUAUUGAGUGGUGGUUUGAGAGAGGAGUUCCAGAAAGAUGGAUAUGAAUUAUGAUGAUUUUCUUGAGCGAGUUUGUUUCUUGUAUAUAUUGGAGUGCGCAGAAAUUUAUGAUCGGCUAGCAAUUAUUUGGAAUGGUUCACUGUUCUUUUCGUAUAUACUAUGGACAUGGAUGGAGUCUUGGGAGUUGUUAAUGAGCGAAAGGGACCGGUAACGGAGAGAGAAGGGGUUGGACAUACGUAUCAGUUUGUAAUCAUAAUCUAAAGUACAAUUUUUUAU